GGGCUGGGCUGGCGGAGGGCAGCGACCACACACCGAGGCGGCGGAGGGCAGGCAGGAGCGCUGCUGGGUGCGCAAAAUCAACGCUUCCGCAGAUGGGCCAGGAAGCGGCCCCCGCCUCCACCCCCCCCCCCGCAGCAGCAGCAGCAGCGUUAACCCUUUGGCUGCCCAGACUUUCCGUCCACAGGAGCAGAAGAAAGGCUUGGUCUCAGCCGCCCUCCGAGGAGGCUCCUUCCCUUUCAGUGAUCUCUGCUCGUCGAAGAGGCUGGGAGUUGUGCUUGGGGGGUUGAAGCAUCAGCCCCCCCCCCCCCCCCCGCAGGAAGCCGCUGGUGGCAGUUUGACUGAGGACUGCACUUGGUGAAAGCCAGGCCAAAUGAAGAGCGUGGGUUGCCUCAGCAGGCUGGUAGGCCUGAGAAGCCCCCUCAAGGCAGCCACCCCACCCCACCAUGGGCUUGCCAGUCUGGGCACCCCACCAGUGCCACUCUGGGGCCCGCCUAGCCCAGUCAAGUCUCAUUUAUGUCAAAGCUGACCCUCCUAGCAAAUGAGUUUGGCAUCCCUGCACUAAACCCUUGCCAAUGCCAGGGCACAUGACCUCAUUGGCCAGAGCGCUAGGGACCUCUGGCUGUCCCUCUGUCCAGAGGCAGGGUGCUGAGCCCAACGGGUGGCCGUUGAGUGCCCUUCUCUUCAUUGGCGUUUGCAUUCAUUUGGUUGGGGGAGACUCUUUCUCUUGGCUGUCCCGAAGACUCUGAAAGUCGUACAGACUUGCGAUGUCCCUAAAGCAAACCUAAGGAAGCGUCGUUCAACGCUGAGGAUGGUUAUGUGAAGAUGUUCUUACGAGGACGCCCCAUCCCAAUGUUUGUCCCCGAUGCUGUCGUUGCCACGUACAGUCUUGACACCAAGCUGGACCUGCCCCAUAAGAAGUUGAAGCUGGACUGGGUCUAUGGCUACCGAGGCCGCGACUGCCGGGCCAAUCUUUUUCUGCUGCCUACAGGGGAGAUUGUGUACUUUGUGGCUGCUGUGGCUGUUCUGUACAAUGUGGAAGAAGAGCGCCAGCGUCAUUACCUGGGCCACACAGAUGACAUCAAGUGCCUGGCUUUGCAUCCUGAUAUGGUAACCAUAGCAACUGGACAGGUGGCCGGGACUUCUAAGGAUGGAAAGCCACUGCCUCCCCACGUGCGAGUCUGGGAUUCUGUUAGCUUGAACACGCUCCACGUCCUGGGGCCAGGGCCCUUUGACCGAGCCAUCAGCUGCGUGGGAUUCUCCAAAUCUAACGGAGGGGGCCUUCUGUGCGCAGUCGACGAUUCCAAUGACCACGUCUUGUCCAUCUGGGACUGGCAGAAGGAGCAGAAGCUGGCCGAUGUUAAGUGUUCCAAUGAGUCCGUACUGGCAGCCACCUUCCACCCGACAGAGCCGACGCUGCUGAUCACUUGCGGGAAAUCCCACAUCCACUUUUGGACGCUGGAGGGAGGCAGCCUGAGCAAACGGCAGGGCAUCUUUGAGAAACACGAGAAGCCCAAAUACGUCCUGUGUGUGGCUUUUACAGAGAAUGGCGACACGGUGACUGGCGAUUCUGGAGGGAACCUGUACAUCUGGGGAAAAGGGGGAAAUCGGAUUUGCCACGCUGUGCCCGGUGCCCAUGAGGGCGGCAUCUUUGGCUUGUGCGUCCUGCGGAAUGGGACCAUCAUCACGGGAGGAGGCAGGGACCGGCGAGUGGUGUUGUGGGGACGUGACUACCAGAAGUUGCAGGAGAACGAGGUGCCCGAGGGGUUUGGUCCGGUGCGUACCAUUGCAGAAGGAAAAGGUGACUCCCUCUUUGUGGGCACCACUCGGAACUCAGUGCUUCAGGGCUCUUUAGCGACCGGCUUUUCCCUGUUGGUGCAGGGACACACGGAGGAGCUCUGGGGUCUGGCCACCCACCCUACCUUGGACCAGUUUGUGACCUGUGGGCAAGACAAGCAGGUUCACUUGUGGAGCGUGGCGACUCACCAGCCUUUGUGGAGCAAGGGAAUUGAGGAUGCAGCUCGCUCAGCUGGCUUCCACCCCAGCGGCUCAGUGCUGGUGGUAGGCACGGUGACUGGCAGGUGGCUGGUGCUGGACACAGAGACCCGAGACCUGGUGACCAUCCACACCGAUGGAGGGGAACAAAUCUCCGUUGUCAGCUUCUCCCCAGAUGGCAAGUACUUGGCCUUGGGUUCCCAUGACAAUUUUGUCUACAUUUACGCCGUGUCACAAAGCGGCAGGAAGUUUGGGCGCGUUGGCAGAUGCUCGGGUCACUCCAGUUUCAUCACCCACCUCGACUGGGCCUUUGACAGCAGCUGUUUGGUUACCAAUUCUGGGGACUAUGAAAUCCUGUACUGGGACCCCUCCACGUGCCGGCAAGUCACCAGCGCCGAAGCCGUGCGCAACAUCGCGUGGGCCUCUGCCACCUGUGUGCUGGGCUUUGGGGUUUUUGGAAUCUGGCCGGAGGGCGCAGAUGGAACGGACAUAAACGCGGUGUGCCGCUCGCACGACGGGAAGCUCCUGGCAUCUGCGGACGACUUCGGCAAAGUGCACUUGUUCUCGUACCCCUGCAGCCAGCCUCGGGCCCCGAGCCACACCUACAGCGGCCACAGCAGCCACGUCACCAACAUUGCCUUCCUCCAUGAUGACAGCCAGCUGUUCUCCACUGGUGGGACCGACACCAGCAUACUCCAGUGGCGCCUUGUCUAAGAACCCUUCAGUGCGGGGAGAAGGGAGUCAGGAGGGGACAGUGAAUGGGAAUG